AGGUUGCUGCUAGCGACGUCAAAUCUGUAGAAAUUGUCCUCAACUCCGACCAGAAGCGACUUGAUCUCCUCGCGGAGUGUGAGAAGCUUAAAGCACAGAUUGAGACCUCAACAGACCCCAAAGUCCUCGAGCGUUACAAUGAGGUAA